AUGAUCUCCUUGUGCAGACUCGUAUUGUUUGUCGUUGUGCACGCGUCGAUCCUUGCCCAUGUAAGCAUCGUCGACACUGCUGUCGCUUCCUCAGCAUCUGCGGCUAAGUGCUCGCUGGAAGCACAGCAGUUCUCGGUGGUGGUGGCGACCAGCGCACCUCUUGGAUUGCGUCUGAGCGAGAAGUUGGAGGUGCUGGAGUUUGUAGCAGAUUCAGAGGGUCGUGGUCGAGCUGUGGAAGCUUCGGGGUUGGCAGAGAUUGGGGAUCGGCUUGUUGCCGUUAACGAUGUCUCACUUGAGGGUCACACGCUACAGAAGGCAGUAGGGGAGCUGCAAGCGGCUCAACUGCCACGAAAACUGCGCUUCCAGACCCAUGAUGGUCGCUGUAUCCAGCCUCCACCAGCAGCGAUAAAGGAGGCCGUCGUUGAAGCAGAUACUGCGUCAACCGUCACGUAUGAGCCACCCAGUGAAGAGAUCUUCGACUAUGUGGUGUCAAGCGUCGGUGAUAAGACAAGUGAGCUUCAGCUAUAUGCUGUACUAUCUUCUGAUGGCUCGCCACCGAGCUGUGCGUUUCGAGAACUGGUUCUCGCGCGGCCUUUUGACGCAUGCGCUCCACUCUCAAUCAACGUCACCGACAAGUAUGUUCUCGUCCCGAGCAUGCUCGGAUGUCCAAUGCAUCAGAAGGCAGCAUUGGCGGAUGAAGCUGGGGCCAAGGGUGUAGUCUUCGUCCAGCGUGUGGGUGAGAAGCCCAUGCGUGUGCGAAUUCCACCUCCUUCGUCAUUACCACACCCCAUCAACAUCCCGUUAGUCAUGGUAUCCGCGGAUUCAGGAGGGCGCUUGCUGGAGCAGAUGGUUGGUGCACGUCCGGGCGAACGUCAGCAACUUCGCUUCGUAUUCAGCUCAACAUGUGUAGUCGAUCGCUUUGCAGUGCACCCGGAUGAUAAUGACCCGUUGCGUCGCUCUGCAGUCUUCCUCAUCGAAGAUGCUAGUGCUGGAUUUCUAUCCAUAUCCGUGGCAACGUCAGCAGAAACGGAGCUAAUAGCUGACACGUAUGAGUUCCUCAAGCCAGCGGAUUAUAGUUCGUCGGGCAGCAGCACCGGAGUGAACCUUCCUAUUGGCAGACACGACCUCAUCUUUCCAGUCCCCAAGGUAUUUAACCCAUGCGAAACAGACCCGAUGCGAGUCUCACCGCUCUCACGUCACAGUAAUAUGGCGGGUUCGUUUAUUGCCAUCCGAUUGCGAGAUCCUGGGAGUCCUCGUGGAUGCUCGCUAAUGCAGCAACUCGCCUUCUUUGAAGCCAGACGUGCAGCAGGAAUCAUCCUGGGAGAUCAACGGUUCCCACAUGCAGCUAGCUCUCUCACUGCUGCCGUUGCUGUUCAGCAGACUUCUAUACCUGUCGUAUUCAUCUCGAUCAACUCGUUUCGAACUAUCCGUCGGAAGUUGCGAGAGCUGGAAGCUAAAGACGAAAUAGGCUCCGGGGAGGAUACGAAUACGCACAUCCACGUCGAGUUCAGUGGCGAAAACGCGCUGGAACACCAAUGGAAGGAGCUUGCGAGUCUGGCAAUGGCGUCAAACUGGCCGGCAACCGAGACUGCACGAGACCGACUAUUUCAUCGCAUGCUGAAGGACCAGGCCACUCUGGACGACCACGAUAUGCAGCUCUCUCUCGUCAAGAAUGAGCGAUACGAAGCCUUAGUUGCAGCGUAUUGGAAUGCUCAGCGUCACUAUAGCGUACGUGCAGACGAUGCUGCUAAAGCUGUACUGGAGCGUGAUACUGAUUCAGAAGACGAUCGAUAG